AUGACACUUUCAUGCGCGACUUCCCCCCUCAUGCGCGACUUCCCCCCUCAUGCGCGACUUCCCCCCUCAUGCGCGACUUCCCCCCUCAUGCGCGACUUCCCCCCUCAUGCGCGACUUCCCCCCUCAUGCGCGACUUCCCCCCUCAUGCGCGACUUCCCCCUCAUGCGCGACUUCCCCCCUCAUGCGCGACUUCCCCCCUCAUGCGCGACUUCCCCCCUCAUGCGCGACUUCCCCCCUCAUGCGCGACUUCCCCCCUCAUGCGCGACUUCCCCCCUCAUGCGCGACUUCCCCCCUCAUGCGCGACUUCCCCCCUCAUGCGCGACUUCCCCCCUCAUGCGCGACUUCCCCCCUCAUGCGCGACUUCCCCCCUCAUGCGCGACUUCCCCCCUCAUGCGCGACUUCCCCCCUCAUGCGCGACUUCCCCCCUCAUGCGCGACUUCCCCCCUCAUGCGCGACUUCCCCCCUCAUGCGCGACUUCCCCCCUCAUGCGCGACUUCCCCCCUCAUGCGCGACUUCCCCCCUCAUGCGCGACUUCCCCCCUCAUGCGCGACUUCCCCCCUCAUGCACAAGCCGUCCUCCCCUCCCCUGACCUGCGUGGCAGCGGCGGCGCUGGCGGCCAUGGCACAGGGGCCCCCCCUGCUGCCCCCCUGCUCGCCCCCCUGCUCGCCCCCCUGCUGCGCCCUUGCUAGCCCGCCUGCUGCCCCUCUGCUCGCCCCCCAGCUUGCCUCCCUGCUCUUCCCCCUGCUCGUCCCCCUGCUGCUCGCCUCCCUGCUCGCCCCCCUGCUCGCCCCCCUGCUCGCCUUCCUGCUGCCCCUCUGCUCGCCCCCCAGCUCGGCUCCCUGCUCGCCUCCCUGCUGUCCCCCCUGCUCUCCCUGCUCGCCCCCCUACUCGCCCCCCUGCUCGCCCCCCUGCUGCCCCCCUGCUAGCCUUCCUGCUGCACCUCUCCUCGAAUCCCUGCUCGCCCCCCUGCUCGCCCCCCUGCUGUCCCCCUGCUGCCCCCCUGCUCGCCCCCCUGCUCGCCUUGCCCGCCUGCUCCUCCCCCCCAGACCUGCCUUCCUCACCUGCCCCUCUUGCUCUCUUCCUCCCCCCUCUCCUCGGCACUUUCCUGCUUUCUUCAAUCAGCCGCUUAAUCUCUUCUUCAGAGCCCUCGUACGUGCACCCGACAAUACCACCGAAGCCCUUCCCCUCAUCUUCUCCCAGUCCCUCUCCCCCUCCAACCCCCUCUCCCCCUCCCCCGCUCCCUCCUCCUCUCCCUCUCGCAACCUCUUCUCCUCCGCCUCCCCCUCCCCCUCCCCCUCCCCCUCCCUCACCCCCAUCUCCUGCCCCGGAUGGCGGAACCGCGACGUUAACCGCGACGCCAUCAUCACAUCUCUUCGGGACUCCACUCUCGCUUCACUCUUACCAUUAGUUAAACUGCUGUACGGCCUUCCCUCGGCUCUCUGUCUGGACGCUGGCUUCUCACACCCACCUCUGCUGAGCGAGACCGGGGUGCGACAGGGAGAUCCCCUCGGCCCGUUGCUAUUCGCUGCCGCCAUACACCCUGCGCUGACGAAAACAGCGCUCAGCUUCCCCUCCGUGGUCUGUCUUGCCUAUGCGGACGACGUAACCUUUCUUGGAGAUGCAGCCACGUGUGCGGCGGCGUUUGAGGACUUCACAGGGAACCUUGGGGAGAUCGGGCUGUGCCACAACCCAGCCAAGUGCGCAGCCUGGUCUCAGGCAGGCCGGCAGGGAGCAGCGCUACCAGUGGGCGUACCUUUCACUGAAGAUGGGGUGAAGGUGCUUGGCAGCUUCAUCGGUGGCAGCGACGCAACUGCCGCGUUCCUACGUGCCAGCCUCGACACCAUGGGCGGGCCGCUGCCCUUAAUCGCGCGGAUGGAGCCGCAGCUGGCUUCCCUCCUGCUCUCACGGUGCAUCUCACGACGGAUCGCUUACGUCGCCCGCACCACGCCGCUUUCAGCCCUGCCAGUCGAGGAAUGGUCAGACUGGGGUAAAAGGCUGUUUGAGACGUUGCUGACUGCCUGCGGCAUUCGCCACCCACGGGGGGAGGCCGAGAUUUCACGUACCUGGGCGCAAGCGUCACUCCCCAUCUCGCUCGGCGGUUUGGGUCUCACAGACCCUUCGGUGGAGGGACGUGUUGGGUUCCUCGCAAGCUACACGCAAGCACAGCACCUGCUCACCUCCAUUGAUGAGUCGGCUGUCGGCGCCUUGGCGGAAACGCGGAUCCGGAUGGUUUGUUCGACUGCCAGCGGGCAGCCACAACAGCCACAAUGGCAGACAGGGCAGCAGAGCUGGCCCCGGCCCCUCAAGGUGCCUCCGCCCCUCUUCGCCCGCUGGUUCCCCGGUCAAUUUGGGGGCAAGGGGCAGCAGGUGCGUGACCACACCACACCACUUACAGCGUGGCAUACCACACCACUUACAGCGUGA